ACAGGAGGGUUUGACGGAUGCGUGCAGAAGAGCGGAGUCCGCUGCUCAUUGUGUGACUAUAUAACAUCCGAACGCAUGGCGCCCUCCCUGCCGCAGGCCUACAGGAGGCGCUGGUGGAUGGCGGUUACGGCCGUCUUCGAGAACCUGCUCUUCUCCGCCGUGCUGCUCGGCUGGGGCUCUUUGCUCAUCAUGCUGAAGAACGAGGGCUUCUACUCUCACCUGUGCUCAGGUGCGUCAAACCCGCGGCUCCGGGUCCCGGGGUCCGUUUCUCGGUCCGCUUACACGCCUCCGGGGCCCCUUGCAGAGAAUGACACGCUGAGCGCCGGCGCCACCGAGCGGGACUGGCUCAGCUGCGUGGAGCAGGACGAGAUGCUCAACCUGGGCUUCACUAUCGGCUCGUUCCUGCUGAGCGCCGCCACCCUCCCGCUGGGUGUCCUCAUGGACAGGUUUGGACCGCGUCCCCUGCGGCUCCUGGGCAGCUCCUGCUUCGCCUUCUCCUGUGCAAUAGUAGCGGCGGCGGCAUACGACCCCACAGUGCUGUCGCCCCUCAUCUUCAUCGCCGUCUCCUUCAACGGCUUCGGAGGGAUCUGCCUCACCUUCACCUCCCUUACGCUUCCUAACAUGUUCGGGAACGUGCGCUCGACGGUCCUCUCCCUCAUGAUCGGAUCCUACGCCUCCUCUGCGGUCACCUUCCCUGCAGUCAAGCUCAUCUAUGACGCUGGCGUGUCUUUCCGGCUGAUCAUGUGGGCGUGGGCGGCGCUGGCGUGCCUGGUGUUCCUCAACUGCUUCCUCAACUGGCCCGUGGAGUCUUUCCCCUCCCCCGAGGAGGUCGAUUACACUAAGAAAGCGAAAUCCGUGGAUCCGGCUCCGGACCGCCAAGUGACCGAGGACGCGGUGGGCCAGAGGCAGAGCCAUAGCGACCGGGAGCACGACUCCGGCCGCGUCCUGCAGCUGGGCUCCCCUCCGCUCCGCGCAUCUGUGUGUUCGCCCAUCUUCCUAUGGAGUCUGAUCACCAUGGCGAUGACCCAGCUGCGGAUCAUCUUCUUCAUGGGCGCCAUGAACAAGAUGAUGGAGUUCCUUGUGACCCGCGGGGACCAGAACCCUUCAGAGGAGCUGGUGAAGGAAGCAGAGGAACAAGUGUCCUUCUACUCGUCCGUCUUCGGCACCCUGCAGCUCCUUUGCCUGCUCACCUGUCCCCUCAUCGGCUACAUCAUGGACUGGAGGAUGAAGGAGCGCGAGGGCGAGCACGAGCACGAGCCAGAGCGCAGCCUGUCGCCCCCGCCCAGGAGGGACAGAAGGGUCCAGAAACUGACUAACGCCAUCCGAGCAUUUAUCUUCACUAACGUGCUGCUGGUUGCCUUUGGGAUUAUCUCGCUGGUGGAAAACCUGCCUCUCCAGGUCGCGUCCUUCGUUCUUCACACCAUGGUCAGGGGCUUCAUCCACUCGUGCUGCGGAGGCCUUUACGCCGCUGUGUGAGUCGGGGCUCUGUGUGUUCACUUGGAGCGUGUGCGCGCUCGGCGGUGCCCGGCGGUACCCGGCGACGGUCACACACGUAUCCGCGCUCCGCCCUCAGGUACCCCAGUAACCACUUUGGCACGCUCACGGGGCUGCAGUCCAUGAUCAGCGCCCUCUUUGCACUCCUCCAG